AUGCCUGAAGAAAAGAGGAGGACGAGCAGCUCCGAUUUUGGUGGAGGAGACUUCUUAGUAGACACCGGAGCUACAUUUUCAGUAUUCAAGUCGCCAGUUGGCCCCACAUCCAAAGAACGGGUAACAGUUCAGGGGGCAAAUGGGAAGAUCCAGUCCUACCCAUGGACGAGGGGCAGAAUCUCAAAUUUGGGAACCGGACUGAUUACACAUUCCUUCCUGGUGAUGCCAGAGUGCCCUUACCCCUUACUGGGCCGAGACCUCCUAACAAAAUUAAAGGCCACCAUUACCUUUGAAGAAGGCCAACCCGAGGUAAAACUGGGGACGGCGGGUGUGUUCCUACUAACAUUGCCACAGGAGGAAGCAUACCGGCUGCAUGAGGAGCCCAACCGGCAACCCAGCUCAUGGCUCCCAGUUCUGCGGGAGGAGAUACCACAAGUAUGGGCAGAAGACAACCCUCCCGGGCUGGCUGCUCACCGACCACCUAUAAUCGUCCAACUCGUGAGUAUUGCAGAGCCGAUCCGGGUAAAGCAAUAUCCUAUGAGCCAGAAGGCCCGGGUGGGAAUAGCCAAGCACAUCCGGAGGCUUCGGGAGGCGGGAAUACUCAUUCCCUGCCAGUCCCCUUGGAACACCCCCUUGCUGCCAGUACAGAAGCCCGGCACUGAUGACUACCGGCCUGUACAAGAUUUGAGGGAGGUGAACAAACAGGUAGAGACUAUUCAUCCAACUGUGCCCAACCCGUACACCCUCCUGAGCCACCUCCGGCCAGAGUGCAGAUACUACACUGUCCUAGACUUAAAGGAUGCCUUUUUCAGCCUCCCCCUGGCCCCACAGAGCCGCUCCAUCUUUGCCUUUGAAUGGACAGAUCCUGAGGAAGGCAGUUCUGGCCAGCUAACCUGGACCAGGCUCCCCCAGGGAUUUAAGAACUCCCCAACCUUAUUUGGAGAAGAUUUAAGCCAAGAUCUUGUAGCCUACCGGUUGAGCCAUCCCCGGGUGACCCUCCUCCAGUAUGUAGACGACCUCCUAGUAGCAGCAGAAAACUCAGAGGAGUGCCUUGAGGCAACCAGAGACUUAACUACAGGUACUGGUGGAUUUAGGGUACCGGGUAUCAGCCAAGAAGGCCCAAAUAUUUGA